GUGUCUAUUUCUAAUAUUAAGUCAGUGAGAAGCUGAAAGUUAUUGAACCGGUUUUAGGCUCAUAAUCCUAAAUAUUAAACACGCGUGCUUUCACCAUAAUCCGACUGACCUAAGAAGAUGUUAGAGGCAGAACUAAGCAAUGAAAGGACGAUACUGGAUUACCUAAACGAGGACUGCUGGCGCGCCGUGCUGCAGUACGUGCCCGCGCAGGACCUCAUACGUACAGAGAGCGCCAGCCGCCGGUGGCAGGCGAUGGUGCUGACGUACUUGCAAGGAAUCCAUAUUAACAUUGUGAAAGAUGACUGGAGAAAGGAAAUAAACCCCUUUAACACCUUCACCUUAAAGCCAUCAGAAUAUAAGUCCUUUGAAAUUUGGACCAAGAAACUAGGCUCAUCCGUUGCAUCCUUUGAAUGUGACAAUUUGGAGAAUCUGGCAAUGGUCAAAGAAAACUGCCCCAACUUAAGAGCCCUCCAGUUAUCCAGUAUUGAAUGCACUGAUUCUGAAAUGCGCCAGCAUAAGUACAAUCUACAGGACUCCUUCAAGUUCCUGCAGCGGGUAUCCUUCUAUCUGUGUGUUGUAACAGACGAAACCGUCAGCCAAUUCAUAGCUGAUAAAGCUUUAGAAAAAUUAGAAUUCCGUUUCUGCCCUUGUUUGCUGGGAUUUUGUUUCAGUAGUAUAAACGCGUCAAAGUUAAAAUCUCUUGUAAUUGUGUCCUGUAAUUUGAAUUUCACAGCACAUUCAGUUGGUACUUGUCUUAGUGAGCUGACAGAGCUGAAAGUGGCUUGCGUUGAACUGGAAAUACAUUAUGAUGUUCAGUUGGAGUUGCCAAAGAUGGCUAAAUUGGAACGGUUGGAGCUCUCGAGUAGAGUUAAUUUCUUUGAUUUCUCUGAAACAUUGGGUCAGCUGCCCCGGUUGAAGCACCUUGGUGUGUCGUACGAUCUGGAUCCCGAGGAAUUAGAAGAGUUGCUGCAGGGCUGCAGGGCGCUGAGAUCCUUGGAGCUGUUAAAGUGGGAAAGGAACGCCUGUCUCGUUGAGCUGAUAUGUCGGCACGGAGCGCGACUCACGUCGCUCAGGCUGGAAUGGUUCUAUGGCGCGCGAGACGACGAUGUGGUGGAGCUCGUGCGUGAAUGCCCCGAGCUUGAGUCGUUGAGGAUCGGGAGCGCGACGCACUUGACUCGUGCGUUGCCGGCGCGCGCGGCGGCGGCGCGGGCGCAGGGGGCGGGGCGGCGCUUGCGGCUCGACCUCAGCCGCACCAAUCUCGCCGACAUAUAUCAUGAAGACCUAAAGUCUCAGCAUUCUGGAGAAUACGAAGAGAUAGAGAUGAAGACAAAAUACGAAACAUUAAUAGUUGUGUUUGAGAAAACAGUUAACGAGUACGAAAUAGAAAUUGAAAAGUUCGAGAACGCUCUGGGAUUGGGAUACUUAGAUGGUGUGCGGGGUUGUUAUGAUUGUAAUGUGUAGAAUGUAGAUUGAGUAAGUAUGACCAAAGAUAAUUUGAAAGUAUGAGAAAUUGCGGUCACCACAUAUAGGCGCUCCCGUACUUAUGUAGUAUGGGAACGCGACGCGACCUUUUAUUUAUUUCAGUUGCAUGUUGCAUCCACGUUAACGACUAGAACUCAUGGUUUAAAAACUAGCUGACGCCUUUAUAAGGCAAAGGGUAUAAAUAUAUUUCAAACAAAGAUUUUAAAAUUUAUUUUAAAGUGACGGGGUUAAAUUUUGCGUGAUUUCGAACACCCGUUCGUUAAAGAGUUAGUAAGUACCGUCAAAUGGGGUGAAUAGAACGGCGGAGUGAAUAGCGACAAGAACCGGGAAUGACAUCUGAUAAUUUAAAAGAAAAUAUGUAUUACAAAUUGUAGGUAUCGUGCGAUUGAAAAUAACAGUAGAUUAUAUACUCUUGUUAAUAGAAAGACUAGGAAAAGCAUGAAAGUUGUGAUAUAUUGUCAAACUAACGGUUUAAAAUUCAGUCUGUCAACGAAUGGUUGAUAUGAGUUCCAAAACUUCCUUUAAAAGUUUUUACUUGUUUGUGACACUUCUGAUAGUGAAAAAUUGGUUUGGCAUUUAAUUGAGAACCUAUUAAUUACAUUUUAAGUAUACUUAAAUAAUCUUUGUUUUGUUAGAAAAAAAGUGUGAAAAUUAGACAUCCAUGAAAAUUCUGAAAAAGCACGAGGUGUAUAGGGACGCUACGCAACGGGGGUGAAU